AUGCUCUCGAAGCAAAUUACUGCUGUAGCUCGAGGAAAGGGCGUUCUGGGCGCCAGGACUAUCCAUGGAGGAACUGCGUUGACCAUGUCAAGAGGCUGGAAAACAGCCAGUGCAAAUAUCAAGCGGGCCCAGUUCCACUCGACGAAUCUUCUGCAGGCGGAGACCGUCAAAGUGCCUCAAAUGGCGGAAUCCAUCACAGAGGGUACCCUGAAGUCUUGGUCAAAACAAGUUGGCGACAGUGUUGCUGCUGACGAGGAAGUCGCAACUAUUGAGACAGAUAAGAUCGACGUUUCUGUAAACGCACCUUCUGCAGGAACUAUAAAGGAGCUAUUGGCUAACGAAGAGGAUACUGUUGCGGUUGGGCAAGACUUGUUUGUUUUCGAGCCAGGUGAAGUCAGCGAAAGCUCUCCGACACCGCCGCCGAAAGAAGACUCGAAGGAGGAUAAACCGAAAGAGGAGAAAUCUACGGAAGAGAAACCUAAAGAAGACGAGCCAAAAAAGCCAGAACCAUCAGAGAAGCCUGCCCCUCCGCCACCAGAAAGCAAGCCUCCCAAGAAGGAAGCUCCCAAACCAGCAGAACCAAAAUCUGCUGCACCAGUUGCUGGGAGUAGAAAUGAAACUAGGGUCAAGAUGAACAGGAUGCGUCUACGUAUUGCCGAGCGUCUCAAAGAGUCACAGAAUGCUGCCGCUUCUCUCACUACAUUCAAUGAGAUCGAUAUGUCAUCACUCAUGGAUAUGCGCAAACGGUAUAAAGAUGCUGUACUCAAGGAGCAUGAUGUAAAACUCGGGUUCAUGAGCGCGUUCGCCAAAGCUUGUUCUCUCGCAUUGAAGGAAAUUCCUGCUGCCAACGCCUACAUUGACGGUGACGAGAUCGUAUACCACGAUUUCGUUGACCUUAGUGUUGCUGUCGCUACGCCCAAAGGCUUAGUUACUCCUGUGGUCCGAAAUGCGGAGGGAAUGAACUUUGUUGAAAUCGAGAAAGAGAUUGCUGCUCUUGGAAAGAAGGCGAGAGACGGAAAACUCACCCUCGAAGACAUGGCUGGAGGGACAUUCACCAUCUCCAACGGUGGUGUAUUCGGCUCUUUAUACGGUACCCCCAUUAUCAACUUGCCUCAGACCGCUGUAUUAGGAAUGCACGCGAUCAAGGAAAAGCCUGUCGUGGUCGAUGGUCAGAUUGUCAUACGUCCCAUUAUGAUCGUGGCUCUCACCUACGACCAUCGGAUGUUGGACGGUCGGGAGGCGGUGACUUUCCUUGUACGCGUCAAAGAGUAUCUCGAGGAUCCGAGGAAGAUGUUGUUAGCAUGA